GCUGCACUUCCUCCAGCGCGUGGCGAGGACACAGGCGCAGGGCGGCGCGGCGCGGCGCAGGACAGCCUCUCUCUCCUGGAACACAGGCUGUGUGUGUGAGCGGUCACCAUGGCCCCCUUCUUGAGGAUUACCUUCAAUGCUUAUGAAUAUGGAGCCCUGCCUCCAGUGCCUGAAGCUCCGUUCUGUGCAGUCAAGCUUAAAGAGUCGCUUAGCACAGAACGAGGGAAGACUCUGAUUCAGAAGAAGCCUACCUUGUUUCCUGCUUGGCGAUCCAGUUUCGAUGCACAUAUUUACGAAGGCCGCGUCCUUCAGAUUCUGCUCAUGCGCACUGCUGAUGAUCCCUUAGCAGAAGUCACACUCGGUGUAUCUGUUUUAGCAGAGCGUUGCAAAAAAGCCAACGGCCGUUCAGAGUUUUGGGUUGAUCUACAACCUUCAGGAAAAGUAAUGAUGUCCGUACAGUAUUUUCUGGAAGACACGGACACAGAGUCUCAGUCAGUAGGAACAGAAGAAGAAGCUCCGACUCUAAAUCGGCGUCGUGGGGCCAUUAAACAGGCCAAAGUUCACUUCAUCAAAAACCAUGAAUUCAUCGCCACCUUCUUUAGACAACCCACUUUUUGCUCAGUGUGCAGAGACUUCGUCUGGGGGUUGAACAAGCAAGGAUACAAGUGUAGACAAUGCAAUGCAGCUAUUCAUAAAAAGUGUAUCGAUAAAAUCAUUGGCAGAUGCACUGGCACAGCAACCAACAGUCGUGACACUAUGUUUCAGAAGGAGCGUUUUAAAAUUGACAUGCCACAUCGCUUUAAGACCAACAACUAUAUGAGCCCCACCUUUUGCGACCACUGUGGAAGUCUGCUUUGGGGUCUCGUCAAGCAGGGACUGAAGUGUGAGGACUGUGCUAUGAAUGUGCAUCAUAAGUGUCAGACUAAAGUCGCCAAUCUUUGUGGAAUCAACCAGAAACUAUUAGCUGAGGCUCUCACUCAAGUCGGCCCGAAGUCGAUGAAGAAGCCUGAAUUAAACACACAGGAUGCAGGAAUUUACAGAGACUACACCAAAAGCCCAGGACCUGAUGUUAACGAUGGUCCUCUAUAUGGUCACGUCUGGGAUGGGUCAAGUCCUAACCCUCCACCACGGAUCACACAACAAACACGUAUCACAGCCGAGCAGUUUACCUUUCAUAAAGUCCUGGGCAAGGGAAGCUUUGGCAAGGUGUUUUUGGCCGAGUUAAAGAACACUGGAGAAUGGUUUGCAGUGAAAGCCCUAAAGAAAGAUGUGGUAUUAAUGGAUGAUGAUGUAGAAUGCACUAUGGUGGAAAAGCGGGUGUUGGCUUUGGCCUGGGAUAAUCCAUUCCUUACACACCUCUACUCCACUUUUCAGACUAAGGAGCACUUGUUCUUCGUAAUGGAGUAUCUCAAUGGAGGAGACCUGAUGUUCCAUAUACAGGAAAAAGGACGCUUUGACCUCUACAGAGCCACAUUCUAUGGAGCUGAAAUAGUCUGUGGACUACAGUUUCUGCAUGAAAAAGGCAUCAUCUACAGGGAUCUAAAGUUGGAUAAUGUGAUGCUGGAUGGAGAGGGUCAUAUAAAAAUUGCUGAUUUUGGCAUGUGUAAGGAGAACGUUUUUGGAGAAAAUUUUGCCUCAACAUUUUGUGGAACCCCAGACUAUAUUGCCCCUGAGAUCUUAUUAGGUCAGCAGUAUUCAUUUUCUGUGGACUGGUGGUCAUUUGGUGUGCUGGUAUACGAGAUGCUAAUUGGUCAGUCCCCAUUCCAUGGCGAUGAUGAGGAUGAACUGUUUGAGUCAAUCCGCAUGGACACGCCUCACUACCCCCGCUGGCUCACCGUGGAAACCAAAGAUAUGCUAGAGCGGUUGUUUGUGCGGAACCCCUCUCGUCGUUUGGGAAUUGUGGGUAAUAUUCGAGCUCAUCUAUUCUUCAAGACAGUUAACUGGUCUGCUUUAGAGAAGAGAGACAUCGACCCCCCUUUCCGGCCACAAGUGAAAGCUCCCAAUGACUGCAGUAACUUUGACCGAGAGUUUUUAAGUGAGAAGCCCCGCCUCUCUCAAUGUGAGAAAGGGUUAAUCGACUCAAUGGACCAGAGCGCUUUUGAUGGCUUCUCAUUCAUUAAUCCUAAAAUGGAGCGCUUCCUGAAGUGACAAACGACACACACCUCUACCACUUAGCAGGGCAGGGAAAGGUCCAGUAUGAUUAUAAUUUUUUUAAUUCACCAAUAGGUCCAUUAUCUAUCUUUUAUCAAAAUAAAGUUUUCAAAAUAAAGAAUCAUUGGUACUUAGACUGCAACAUGUUAGAUAAAUACAUUUUAAAUGCUGAAUUGUUAGCUCAUGUUCCUUCAUUAGGCUAAGCAGUGUAGAUGUGAUGAUUAGACCUCCAUGUUAGGUUUUUCCAUUUUGGCCACACUCUUGCAAAAGUCUUUGUAGACUUAGUUUUAUUCAAUUAAACUUUUGUCAAUAGUAACCUGUUUAUUACUUCAGUAAUCAUUCAGGUGUUUGUAAACACUGUUGGUGUUUUUACUGAGAUAAGGUUGAUGUUUGGAUGAUUACAAAUAAAUUUAAGGGAAGACGAAUGGACCUCAGAGCAUUUAGGUUAUAAUAAGUGAAGGUGUGAUUCCAUGGCUGUCUUCUGUUGUUGUAUAACAUUGUGCUGUGAUUGUGUGAGGGUCAGUGUUAUCUACAUACGUCCAUACAAUGUAUGUCAUGUUGUGCAAACAGAUCCAGUCCUUGUGUAUAUGUGUACUAUUAAGAAUUAAGGAACUAAAACAACAGAUUUCAUUAUGUAUAUUAAUUCUGCAUGUUUGUGUGGAUGUUUAAGCUUAAAAUAAGCAUAAUGUGAGUGAGUGUUAUACUGUAUACUGUAAAUUAAGAUGAUGUACAUAUAUCUGCUACAAGUGCUGUAUAUGUAUAUGCAUAAGGUUGCAAUCAAGCUUUGUUUAUCGUCUGCCAUUAAACAUG